AUGUUCUACCCCUGUAGACCAGCUAAUUCCUCCAUCUCCCACUAUUUCUCGCCAUGAUUCCUCAGUCUACUCAACUUACACCCCAAAAAGACCUGAUUCGGAGUCAAAAAAUUUAAAACUUCCUCAAAAUUGUGAGGAAUUGAUAAAGGAAUUCAGCACAUGAAAGCACCCAUUGCCCAAGCCCAAAGCCAAAGUAAGAAGCUACAAACUUGAUGCAGCUUCCCUAAUAGCUAA